AUGGAUGAUGAGGAUGAGCAACAGAAUGAGGUGUUAAUUGGUGGAAGUGAUGGUUAUGACUCUGUGGUUGAUGAGGAGCCUUUGACAGCAAGGGAAAGAGUGAGAACUUGUACUGCCAAGUUGCUACAGAUAACAAAUCAGCUACAGAUAGCAAAUCAGCUACAAAGGGAGGCCGCUGAGGGUAAGCUGGGUUGUGAGGCUGAUAGGGGGGUGGGGCAGAGGUUUUCAUCGAGGGAUGCUUUCAGGGAUGCAGUAUCUAAGUAUGCCAUUUUACAAGGAAGGAAUCUCACUUAUGACAUAAGCAACACUAAGGUAAAUCAGAGGUUAGGUGUGAAGUGUGUGGAGGGUUGUGCUUUCUAUUUGUAUGGUGCUUGGGAGAGUAGGAGAGCAACUUUUGUUGUGAAGAAUAUGCAGUUGGAGCACACUUGUCACAAGAACAUGAAAAGGAACAGACAGUUGAAGUCAAAGUGGGUAGCUAAACAAAUUUUAAAGGUUUCCAAGAACAGACCCCAUUGGCCAGCAAAAGAGAUAGUUGAAACUAUCAAAAGGGCCUUUAAGGUAGUUGUUCAGAGAGGAUUUGCAUACAAGGUGAAGUAUGCAUCUCAUAAAAUGCUUCAUGGCUCAAUGCAUGAUCAUUAUGCAAAGGUGGGAGGCUACAUAGCAGCUUUGAAGGCUAGCAGUCCUGGUAGUUGUGUUGAGUUGGUGACAGUAACAAAACUGAACAAACAGCCUGCACCACCACCUGUUUUUCAAAGGUUGUUCACUUGUUUUGAAGGUCUGAAAAAGGGAUGGGUAGAUGGCUGUAGGAAGGUGAUUUGUGUGGAUGGGUGUUUCCUGAAAACCUUUUUAGGUGGGAAAUUACUAUCAGCUGUUGGAAGGGAUGGGAAUGAGCAGAUGUACCCUAUAGCUUGGGCAGUAGCAGAAGGGAAGAACAACUUAUCAUGGGAAUGGUUUUUUGAGCAGCUAAAGAACAAUCUUGGCCUAGGGGAUGGUGAGGGUGUGUGCAUCAUAUCUGAUGAACAUAUGGCCAUUUUGAAUGGUGUGACAAAUGUUCUCCCUAAGGCUGAACACAGGCAUUAUGCUAGGCACAUAUAUGCUUUGUGGCAUAAGACCUAUAAAGGGGAUGAACUGAAGCUAAUGUUCUGGAAAAUAGCUAAGUCAUACAACAUGGCAGAUUACAAAGAAAAUCUUGAGACUUUGGAGAAACUAGACCCUGAUGCAACAAAUGCAUUCACAGCAUACAAUCCAAGACUUUUUUGUAGAGCUUUUUUGGACACUACGGUCAAAUCAGAUGUAAUUACCAGCAACAUGGCAGUAACUUUUAAUGGCUACAUCAUCAAUACAAGAACAAAACAUUUGAUUUAUAUGCUUGAAGAGAUAAGGGCAAGCCUGAUCCAAAGGCUUGUGUUGAAAAGGAUGGAAAUGCAUAAAUGCAGCUCUUUUUUGUGUCCAAACAUUCAGAAAAGGUUAGAAAAAGAGAAGAACAAGGCUGCUUACUGUGAUGUUAUGCCUUCAUCAGAGACCUUGUUUAAUGUCAGCUAUCAGUUGGAUUCCUUAGUGGGUCUGGCAGACCCAGGAAAAAACAGGAUCAAAGAUCCCUAUGAAAAUCCUUCAAAGCCUGGUCACCUCACUAGGACUGGGAUGGAGAUCACAUGCAAUAAUUGCCAAUUGAAGGGCCACAACAAAAGGAGGUGUGGUAAUCCAACCUCUUUUGCUAGUGAACCUCUCACCAAGAAGCAAGCAACUGCAGCUCAACCUCAACCACAACACCCACCUACUGAAGCAGAGGCUCAGUCACAUCAGUAG